AUGAUCGGAGAACUUUUGUCCAACAUCUCACCCUCAAGGACAGCCUUAUGGCUGGUCCUAAGUCUCUUCAUUCUCUUUUGGUUCUUGAAGCUCCGUGUUGCACGUCAGAUCCACCUGUUGGGAGGGAAGUCGCCGAUAAUCCCAACAUAUCUUCCUUGUGCCGUCGACUUUAUCUUUGGUUCCGCUCGAGCAGCCAAAAGGAACCAGGACCUUGUAUUCUUGAAACAGAGCAUGGUUCGUGCUCAGCAGCAUAAUAAGCUGGAUUUCGUGCCGUUCACGGUAGAGAUCAAUCAAAUGAUUUCCAACCGCGUCAUCAUCACUAUUGAUCCAGAAAACAUCAAGGCUAUCUUGACUGGUCAGUUCCACGACUUUGGUAAAGGCGAGUCGUUUCAUCAGGAGUGGCGAGAGUUUUUGGGAGAUAGUAUCUUUGCUACCGAUGGAGAGUUGUGGUUUACGUCUCGCCAGCUCCUCAGGCCCAUGUUUAACAAGGAUCGCAUUGUCGAUACUCAGAUCUUCGAGACUCAUGUUCAGAAGCUCAUCCAACUCUUUGGCGGCAGUAAAAAUGCAAAUGGCAGUAAAAUUGUGGAUGUUGGAGAUUUAUACUUCCGGUUCACUCUGGACGCCGCUACAGGUUAUCUUCUGGGCCAAGGAACAGACAGUCUAGAGAACCCUAAGACGAGAUUUGCGGAGGCUUUCCGUUAUGUGCAAUCACAGCAGUCAAUCUUUUUCAGAAUGGGACCCCUGAGCCCAUUCCUGUCACGAAAGAAAUUCCGUGAAGAACUUCAAGUCAUGGAAAACUUCAUACAGCCUUACAUCCAAACGGUGCUCUCUCUCAGUGUCGAAGAAUCAGAAAAGAUCCUCUCCAAACGAGAGACCUUCCUCGACGCCCUGGCAAGAUUCACCCGUGACCCCCGUGUCCUCCGUGACCAACUCGUGGCCGUCCUCCUCGCAGGCCGCGACACAACCGCCGGUACCUUGUCCUUCUGCACAUUCGAACUCUCCCGCCACCCUGAAGUCGUCGCAAAACUGCGUCAGGAAAUCGCAGAACGCGUCGGCGUCGGCGCAGCUGCCAAGAUCCCGACAUACGCAGAUUUGAAGGAGAUGAAAUACCUCAACGCAGUCAUAAAUGAAAGCCUCCGUUUUUACCCCGUUGUCCCCUUUAACGUCCGAUACAGUCUCACUGAUACAACUCUCCCCCACGGCGGCGGUCCUGAUGGCAAAUCCCCCAUUGGUGUCCGCGCAGAUACCCGCAUUGUCUACUCGACACUUCUAAUGCAGCGCGAAGAAACAUUCUACGACCAAAGCAAAGCUGAUAAAUACUACGACCCAGGCCAAUGGAUCCCCGAACGAUGGACCUCGGGCUGGCAACCGAAACCAUGGCAAUUCAUCCCGUUCAAUGGUGGUCCACGUAUCUGUCUUGGACAACAAUUCGCCAUGUUGGAGAUGUUGUAUACGAUUACGCGUAUCUUGCAGGUUUAUGAGAAGAUUGUUGCUGUCCCUGUUUCGGGCCAUGAUAAGGUUGAGGAUCCCGUGUUGCGGUUUGAGGUUACUUUGUCACCUGGCACGGAGAUGAAUUGUGUGUUUGUGAGAGAUGGGGAAGGCCAGGUUUGA